AAAGACUUGGAUUAUGUUACCGAAAUGGUGUUGGAACUUUAAAAAAUCAAGAAAAAGCUAUUAAAUGGCUAUUAAAGGCAAAAAAUAAAUUUCAAGAAAUAGAUUAUCGUGAAAAUCCUAAUAUUGAUAAUUUCUUAAAACAAUUGUUAAUUGAGAACAAUUUAACAAUAACAUGGAUACCGUUUAGCGAGUUAAAUAUUAUAGAAAAAAUUGGAAAAGGAGGAUUUUCAACUGUUUAUGCUGCUCUGUGGACACACUCAUUUAACGAUGCAAAACGAGAAAUGUUUGUCGCACUUAAAUUCUUUAAUGAAACAAAAAAUGCAAAAAAUAGUUGUGAGGAGCUUUUAAAAGAGGUAAAUAAUUAA